AUGACCGUCAGGUUGGACAAGUCUGAACCAAGAGACUUCAUCCUGAUAUCGUCGGAUAGCUCCGAUGACGAGAAACCCGCCCUCAACUUCUUACUGUAUGGACUGUCAAGGAGUGAGCAGGAUGCCUAUUGCGAGGGCAGCUCCUCUUCCAAUCUCGAGGUCCUGGGUCUCCCCGAGCCUGCCAGCCACGACAUGCUUACGACUGCACGGACGGCCUCUCUUUCAGAAGUCAGAUGCGGACGCAUCGCAAUCUCAGAUGAGUUCGAUGAGAGCGGAUCAGCAGCUGCUCAUGACCGUUCGCACCCUCCCCGACACGCUCCCACGGAAGCAGAAGAGGAGGAGUACCACUUCAUUCAAGUGAAGCCAAGCAACAACAGCCAACGCCCGAGGACGCAGCAGGUGCGGAAGUCUAGCAGACCGAAGAAGCGGUCAGUGAGAUAUGCAGCGAGGGAGGAGAGCGCCGAGCCGGGCGCGGGAGGCGGAGUUGCCGCUGGCAAGAAGGAGCAGAAGAAGACAGAGGAAGCGAAAUCUGCCCAGAGUCCCUCCAAGGGGCUCGCAGCCUCCCAGCUCGAUCCGCCCACCUGCUCCUUCUGCAAGAAACCCUUCAAGAAGGGAGCAGGGCCGGAAGGGGGGGGGAGACUGCUGGGGCCGAUCGGAGUGAAGAUGGACGUGUAUGUUCAUGAGUAUUGCGCGUUGUUCUCUCCGCAGGUUUACUUCAACCGGGAGAUCACCCCUGAUACAGACGUGCUGCGCAACCAGGAUCUUGAUGAGAAGUCGAUUCGCUCAGAGCUCCGGAGGUCCAACGGGUUGAGAUGUGCCCUCUGCAACCUAUCUGGAGCCUCCAUCGGCUGCUACAUAUGCUCGCAGAAAUCUUAUCACUUUCCCUGUGCGCAGCGGGCUGGGCUGGUCGAGUGGCAUUGGUGGGAGAAUCAUGGCGAGAGGAUCGUGCACUGCCCUGCUCAUCGAGAUCCUCUUUGCGAGGUGUGGUGGUCGGGCGACGACUCGUUCCCCGAGCAAGGAUGGUUUCCUUGCGCGGUGGUCGACGGGCCAAUCGAGGGGCAUCUGACUGUCCUCUACUCCACCCCCCCUUGGGGCGAGGAGAGACUCAAUAUGCGUGCAGUCAGGAUAAGAUUUCCUGAGAGUCCUCCUGUUGGCUGUACAAGAUGGCAAGCGUUCGCGGAUUUGUUUGGCGAAGAAGGGAAAGAGACGAGAUUUGGGGAAGGAGAGGUCAAAGGAAAGAGGGUAGAGAGGGGACACGGAGGGUCAAGACAGAAUCUUUCCAGUGACCGGGGAGGCAGGAAAUACGAUGCGGACAAGAACACCAUGGAGAGCAAGCUGAACGACCUCUUGCCGUUGGCAAUCGGGUCAAGGCUGGGGAGGAGGAAUGCCAAGAGGAGCAGGACAAGAGAAGACAUCUGCUUCAGAGAGUACUGCGCCUGCGAGAACGAGACCCCCAAGAGCCUGGCUAGGAAGUUUGCGGUGGACCUCAAGGAGUUGAUGGAGCUGAACGUCUCGCGAUUCCCCGAGCUCGUCCCGAGCUCUCGUUUCAGGAAGAAUACCAUCGUCCUUAUCCCCACGAGCCCCGCCAUGUCGGCGCCGCUCAGCGGGGAGCUGAUGGUCCAGGAGUACUUUGUGGAGGAGGAUGAGACUCCGAGGUCGAUCGCCAAGAGGCUCAAGGUCGACGUGAACAUCGUCCUCGACUUCAACAGGAGCUUGUACCCCAGGAUCACUCCCAACUUCAAGCUGCCGCGCAACUCCGUCCUCCGUGUUCCCGCCCUCUACUCCAACGAUCCUCCGUCCUCCCCCCCCUCGAUGGCUAGUCGCUUCUCCAAGGGUGCUGGGGGAGUGCGGUCGCACACAAGUGCCCUGCUUCACAUCCUAUCCAAGGAUUGUUUGUACCAGAUUGCCAGCAAGCUCGGGUCGGACGAGUUUCUCUUUCGCUUCCUCCUGAGCUCCAAGCAAGUUUCAAGGGUCUUUGAUGAGAUGCCAUGCAUUUGGAGGCAUAUCUUCCGGUGUAAGUUCGGCACUGAGAUGGAAGAUCAGAUUGAGAAAGCGCAAACUGCUCGGACGCUUGUUCGGCGAGAACAAAUGAGCUCGCAGAAGAAGAAGACAACGGAGAUGAUUCUGCAGCAUCUAGCAACGACGACAACUUUUCUCACUGCCAAGUCAGUCGCCUCGACAGCAAACCUGAUGCAGCUGUUCGACUCCUGGUUCAAGGACGACACGCUCUUCGAGCUGAGGAAACGACUUCUGCUGUCUCCUCGGCAGGAGAGUGACUCUGAGCGCAGGCUGGGCAAGGGGAAACGCUUCCAGGGAAUUAUCGACUCCAAUGGGACUAUCUUCAAUAUCUCCUCCUCCUUCUCCUCCUCUUGCUCCUCCGAGCAUACCCAGAUGUUCAGAGAUGCGAUGGAGUGGUACCGGCACUGCCAGCAACUGACGAAGCAGAAGACACCGAGGGGGGAGGUGAAUCUGAAGCAGUACAUCUUCUUCAAGAACCAGAGCUUGGCAGACUGCGAGAAGUUGUUUCAGCAGCACCCUGUAGAGCAAUGCAUGCAGCUGAUAGCAGAAAGAACGGGCGGGGAGGCUGCAGAGGAGAUAGAGGAAGGCAAAGACGAAGGAGAUGGAGGAGGAGGAGGAGGAGGAGGAGGAGGAGGAGGAAGAAGAGAGAGAGUAAGGGAUGUGUCGGGGGUGCAGCAGCCAUGUGCUUCCCUGCCGCAGACAGCAGCAAGCAUACCCACCACGGAUUACAAACAAGCGUACAAGUAUUACAAGGAGAUGAGCCUGUGGCAUAUCGCCGACCCGUACAAGGCGGGAGGAAGGAGGGGAAAGGAGGGAGGAAGGGAGGGAGAGACUCUAACAGGAGCCUCACUUUCUUCUUCCUAUGAAAAGUUCAAGAUGAAACUGCAGCAUUCUUGUUGUGGUACCAUCCUCUCGAGAGAUCGGCGAGAAGUCAACAAGCCUGUGUCUGAAGACUGCACGUGCAUUGCAGGGCUUCUCAACGAGAUUGGCUUCCGUCGCGGAGCUCAUCUCUGGUUUAUCAAAUCCCGUCAGAUGAAUCCAGGAGCGACGAACGAGCGGUCGUCCUUCGUAGUGGGAGUUGUCACCGAGCAAAGAAGUCCAGGUCGAAUCUUCUUGGGUUGCGAGCUGCAGGGCUGCGGCUUAGGUUUCGCAUACCAGGGGAGCUCGGGGGACAUAUUCAUGACAGGCAGAGAGAACAAGACCUACGGCGUCAAGUUCAUGGCUGGAGACAGCGUGGGUGUCUUGCUCGACUGCGAUCAGAAGAGACUUUCCUUUAUAGUGGAAGGGAACGAAGAGAAGGAGAAGGAAGAGGUGGGAGAGGAAGAAUAUGAGGAAGAGGAGGAAGAGAAGGAGGAAGAGGAGGUGGAAGAGGAGGAAGAGGGAGAGGAAUAUGAGGAAGAGGAGGAAGAGAAGGAGGAAGAGGAGGUGCCUCAAGGGAUCGCCUUUGAUGACUUACCCGAGGGCUCGAGCUUCUGGCCAGCUGUGGGUCUGCAUACAGAAGGAGUGAUCAUAUCGAUUGAGCACAAGAGCGCGGCAGCUUUCCUGGAGAAGAGGAGGAAGGAGCUGGAGGAGCUGGUGGUGGGGAGGAGAAUAAAAAAACAGUUCCCCGACGGCGUUUGGCGGAAUGGAAAGAUCAAGGAAAAGUUGAGUGAAGAGACCUUCAUGGUUCGCUUUGACGGCGGGCAGGACCUGCAAGUUCGCUGUGGGGUGGAGGACGGGGUGGAACUUCUGGCCGACGAGGCCCAGUGA